CUCCCGCCCUGCCGGGACCCCGGGCUCGCGCCCGCCUCCCCACGGACUGUGGGCGUGGCCCUGGGCAGGCCACCGCGGCCCUCGGCGCCUCGGCCUCCUGUAACAGGGCCCUAACCGUGCCUGCUGCCAAGGGACUUGUCACCGGCCUCCCAGAGCCGGGUGACAGCCAGGGCCCCCAACCGUCUCAGGCCGGCGCCCACAGCACGCUCUGGGGAGGCCAGGCCCACCCACUCCAGGCGCCCAGGGGGAGGGACAGAUCCCAGGCCGGGCCGGAACGGCCUGAGCGGUAAAUGGGGCCUAUGGCAUCGUGUGGAAGGCGGUGGAUCGGAGGACUGGCGAGGUUGUGGCCAUCAAGAAAAUCUUUGAUGCCUUUAGGGAUAAGACGGAUGCCCAGAGGACGUUUCGGGAAAUCAUGUUGCUGCAGGAAUUUGGGGACCAUCCCAACAUAAUCCGCCUCCUGGACGUGAUCCGGGCGGAGAACGACAGGGACAUCUACCUGGUGUUGGAGUCUAUGGACACUGACCUGAAUGCCGUCAUCUGCAAGGGCGGUCUGCUGAAGGACGUCCACAAGCGCUACAUCUUCUACCAGCUCCUGCGGGCCACCAAGUUCAUCCAUUCAGGACACGUCAUCCACCGGGACCAGAAGCCAUCCAACGUUCUCCUGGACUCCAGCUGCUUGGUGAAGCUAUGUGACUUCGGCCUCGCACGUUCCCUCAGCGGCCUCCCUGAAGGGCCAGAGGGCCAGGCCCUGACAGAGUAUGUGGCCACACGCUGGUACCGGGCUCCGGAGGUGCUGCUGUCCGCAAGCCGGUAUACCCCUGGGGUGGACAUGUGGAGUCUGGGCUGCAUCCUGGGGGAGAUGCUUCGGGGGAAGCCCCUGUUCCCUGGCACAUCUACGCUCCACCAGCUGGAGCUGAUCCUGGAGACCAUCCCGCCACCAUCCAAGGAGGGUCUCUGCUUUCCCGGGUGGAGAGGGCAAGGGGCUCCUCCACAGAGGUGGGAGUGCCAGGAUGUCAUGGACGUGUGUGCAUACCUCCUGGCUCUCGGCUCAAGCUACAGCGCCUCUGUUCUGACCCGCCUGGGGUCGCGGCCACGGCAGACGCUGGACACCCUCCUGCCACCCGACACGCCCCCGGAGGCCCUGGACCUCCUCAGGCGACUCCUGGUGUUCGCCCCGGACAAGCGGCUUAGCGCCGCCCAGGCUCUGCGGCACCCCUACGUGCAGAGGUUCCACUGCCCGGCCCGUGAGUGGACACUGGAGGCGGAUGUGCGGCUCCCGGUGCAGGAAGGAGUCCAGCUCUCGGCCCCCGAAUAUCGCAACCUCCUCUAUCAGAUGAUCCUGGAUCGCAGGGGCAACAGCCAGGUCCCGAGAGAGGAGGGCCUGGGGGACGCCCCCCGGCCCCAGGCACCCCCGCCCAAACCCGGAGCCGUCCCCCGGCUGGCCUCGGACUCGCCCGCGCAGAACCCUGGACGCAGGCCUCGGAGUGGCCCCGGCUGCGAGCCCGCGCGCGAAGCCCUCGGCAGAGCCACGAGCCUUCCCAGGCAGAGCUCCGGGCCCCUGCUCCGGCCUCCGCCCCUAGGAGGUCCUGGGAGGGGGGAAAGGUCCCCCGGGGCGACGACGGCGUCCCCCUCGGCACCCUCGUGGAUGAAGCCCGGCGUGAGGGGGGCGGCGCCCUCCCUGACCUCGCAGGCGGCUGCCCAGGUGGCCAUCCAGGCCCUGAUCCGGAGUGACCGCGACCCGGGCCGUGGGGUGCAGGCCACCGCCGCGCCACGGGUCCCCCACGGGCUUUCCCGCGAGCCCCGGCCCGGCCGGAGGAUGUUCGGCGCCUCGGCCUCGCUGGGGGCCCAGGGGGCCGCUCGGGCCGCGCUCGGGGGCUACUCACAAGCCUAUGGCACCGUCUGCCGCGCGGCGCUGGGCCGUCUGCCCCUGUUCCCUGGACCUCGCGCAUGAGCCGCCCUCCCGCCCUCAAACCCCCCGCAGCUCAGCCGCGACCCGGAUCGCCCCCUCCCUUUGCCUAGCCCCUUGUCCAGGCCUCCCGCGGGGUAUGGGGGGAUAGAUGAGGUUCCCACCCAGCCCCAAUCACUUCCGCCAAUAAAGACUUGUCUGUCCCCUG